CAUUCGCUCUCUAGGCAAAAGCUGUCAGUGAAGGUUUGAGAAGAGGGGUUAAGAAAUUACUGAAAUCGUAUUCUCGUCGUUACUGUCAAACCGUGUAAAUGGUACGACUUGUGCUCUCCUAGAGGUGUUUUUACAGCCAGGAGAAGCACGAUAAGGCUUUGAUAAGUUGAAUUGCAGCGGGGAAACCGAGUGUUAUCCGGCUAGCUAACAAUAAAAAACAGGCAAAUGGCGUUGAAAAGGAUCCAGAAGGAGCUGACUGAUCUACAGAGGGAUCCUCCUGCCCAGUGUUCAGCUGGACCCGUGGGGGAAGACUUGUUUCACUGGCAGGCCACCAUAAUGGGGCCGAAUGACAGUCCUUACCAAGGUGGUGUCUUCUUCCUCACCAUCCACUUCCCUACAGACUACCCCUUUAAACCUCCCAAGGUCGCGUUCACCACAAAAAUCUACCAUCCCAACAUCAACAGUAACGGCAGCAUCUGCCUCGACAUCCUGCGCUCGCAGUGGUCACCUGCACUCACCGUAUCGAAAGUUCUGCUCUCCAUCUGUUCCCUGUUAUGUGACCCCAACCCCGAUGACCCUCUAGUGCCCGAGAUCGCGCACACGUACAAAGCCGACAGAGAAAAGUAUAACAGACUAGCGAGAGAAUGGACGCAAAAGUACGCCAUGUGAGAGGAUCGCGUACGUCCGCACAAACACGGCGCAGCGAGUGAACGCACAGAGGAACCUGUUUUAACUUUUUUAAACAACGAGCAAGGAGAACGAGCGAGUGAGAGAGAGAGAUGUGGACGAACACCGACGCUUUGGCUGCGAGGAAGCGGACAGACCCGAGGACACCACCGCACGCCGGCCGGCUGUGCGCCGUCAUCUCAGAGCCGCGCCUGGAAAAACACGCACAGUGGUACGACCACCAACCCGGGAAAUUAGACUUCUCUGACUAUUACUUUGGGGACGUUUUUGUUUCUGAGUGUUCCUCUUGGGCAGCAGAACACCGGAGAUUCAGACGAAAACGCCUUCGUUCACGUGCACGCCGUCUCCGGAGGGUUUUUUUCUUCUGUACAUAUCGCGCGCAUGCGUGUUUUGUGUGUAGUUUUUUUGUUUUCUGUUUUUUUGUUCCUAACAGUUUACACUCAGGGGCACGGUACGCUUCAUAACCCGUUACAGUAUUAACAAACACCGCCGUUCCUCCUCCUCCUCCUCCUCUUCAUUAUUUUUGCUUUAUCGAAUGUUAAGAAGAAAUAACGGAGCAGUACGUCUGAACCGGGACUCGGGAGCAGACCCGCACGUCUCCUUUAAUCCAGGGGAACGUGUUCGAUCACAUGUGUUAAGAUGAUAAAAGCCUGUUGAUGGAGGGGGGAAAAAAGGCGAUAUCCGGCGGCAUGUUUACAUGCACCUUGGUAACGUGAAAGGAAACACGGCGUGUCUGCAGGCUUCUUCCUGAAGUCGUGACAUCAUUAUAUUUAUCACAAGAAGAAGAAAACCACGUUUUUAAAUUCUAUAUUAAUUGGGAGUUUGUUUUUUUAAAGGAUGGAGUGUUAUCUGUUAAGUCUCUAGGUUUAGCGGUUAUUAUAAUAAUAAGAAGGUUCUGAAGUAAUGAAGAAGAAGAAUAAGGUUCUGGAGUAAUAAAUAAAUAAUAAGUGGUCAAAAAAAUAAAUAACAGUAUAAAAAUCUAAAUAAUUCAACAGAAAACUCCAGAGAUCUCAUAUCACCAGUGCGCAUGUGAUGAAUGAUCUGAUUAAGGGACUGAAAUAAAUCCCAUCUCAGAGAUUAAUCGCAGGAUUUCGUUCAGUAAGAGCUUGAGCUCUAAUGCUGAGCCUGUGCUCUCGAGUGGGAGGGGCUUCCUAUGUCGAUCUGUCAAUCAAUGACGACGCCUGGCCAAUCUCGGGCGGUCUGUGAGGUCAGGUAUAUGCAGAGAAGAGGGCAGAUACGACUGCAGGAAAGCGAAGGUUUUGAGUCGAACAAACGGAUUAAACGGGAUGGAAUAGGUCAGUGUUUGUGUUACGCGUCUCAAGAAACGUGUGUGUGAGAAACGUGACUCAGUAUAUAAACAAUGUUUAUCAUUACGGGGUUAAGACGCUCGUACAGCCAAGUCCUCAUCCUCUCUCACCACACACAGACUCUAUAUGCAUGUUGGCGCAGUAUAUGUUUAGCUGGGUGUCGUCUUUUAUUAGGGGGAAGGUUUAGUGGGCGGAGUCAACCAAUGCAGAAGUUUGUCCGUCUUUGCGCGUGAAACUCUGCACCUCUCGGAGCAAUAGCUGGAGCAGGACUGUGAACAAACAAACAAACAAACGCCAUCUUUUAUCAUCCCUUUUUUCCCUGAAUGCAAGUGAGAACGUCAUUAUUUUUUUUUUUUUUUACUAACAACUAGUAAAUUAGUAAGUGAGGUUGUAAUUGACGUGUGAGCAGCACUCACGAGGUCUAGAUUCAGGUCCAUGUAUUGGGUUUUAAACUUGUAUUAAAGCCGAGGUUCCUCCGGGUUUCUGGGUUUAGCCCCAAUGACGAUUAUCUUUUUCUAGAGUCGUCGGUUCGUUUGUUUUUGUGCUAGCGAUCGUCUGUUUCCUGUCUCUGUGUGUGAAGAUCGCUGAGCCAAGUGACCGUGAUUUCGCCAGUUUUUCUUUGCAGUUGAUGACAAUGCUGUAAAAAGAACAUAAAACACCUGCUCUGAUGUUUCUUUACUUCCCCAUCCGCAACUUCUGUUUAUAUUUACACACAAAAAAUGGGUGGAAACCUAGUUUGGAAGGACGUAGCAGAGAUCGUUAAAGGCAUCAUAGCUAAUACGGUUAUCUAAUCUGUUCUCUAAAUACAAAGCUAAGCAGACACGAGCAAUGUAUCUUUUCCUAGUUAGAAUGUACGUUUACUAGCGAGGACAAAAAAAAAAUCAUGCUCAAGUUAAAAAGUUGCCUUCAAAAAAUUCGUUUAGUGAAAUUGCAACUGCGCCACACGUGUAAACCAGGGAUGACCACUUCCUGUUCCAACAUGACUGCUCACCAGUGGACAAAGCACCUUUGUGACCUCAACACCUUUGGGAUGAAUUAGAGCGGAGACUGUGAGCCAGACCUUCUCGUCCAACAUCAGUGCCUGACCUCACAAAUGUCCUUCUAGAGGAACGGUCAAAAAUUCCCAUAAACACACUCUUAAACCUUGUGGAAAGCCUGACCAGAAGAGUUGAAGCUGUUAUAGCUGUAAAGGGCGGGACAACUCCAUAUUACAUUCAUGUGCAUGACGUCCCAAAACUUUUGGUCUGGCUCGCAGUCUCCACUCUAAUUGAUCCCAAAGGUUGAUCAAUUACUUGAUCAAAUCCAGGAACUGGAAGAUGGUGGUGUUUUGUAAACGGAGUUUGUUAGUGCUGUUUGUUUGUUUGUUUGUUCGUUCCUUCAAAACUCCAGCCCGUCUUGAUCUGUGGAGGUUUGGGGUAAAAACACCUCGUCAUGAUGAUGGUGUGUUACACGACCUCUAGACCCGAGAUGUUUGAGUGCAGAGUGAUUGGUUUUGACAUAUCACAGGGGUCAAACACGUGUUGUGAUGUCACACGAUGACCCAAUCUGAGGAAAAUCUGCUCUCAUUUUGACCAACUGCAAUCUCCUCUGAAUAUUUUUGGGGAGGUGGAACCGUGGUGAAAUAUCUGAAGUGUUUUUAUUUUUAGUUCAAUGUUUGAAUUUUAAUAACACGACUGAAAGAACCAGUAAGAGCCUGUUCUCCGGUCUUCAGUGGAUUUGGGAAUGAAUUCUUUGUGCCAACAUGUAGCGCCCCCUGCUGUAUGACGUAUAACACUACACUCUGUCCGUCUCUCUUCACCACCAUAACAGACCGGACUUGUGAUCGUUCUGCACUGAUCCUCAGUCGCGUCCUCACCGGAGCCACAUCACGUCGUCCUCUGACGAGGGCCUUAACGUAAACGUCCUCAUUUAAAAAGUAUUUCAUUCAUUAACACUACACAACCUUCUCUGAAAGUAUGUGCACCCCCUGACCGUCACACCCCUGUAUGUCCAUCUCUCUGUACACUCUCAUGGGGACUGAUGAUGUCCCUUCACCUGAACUCAGAUCUGGUCCAGCAUGAUAAUCAUGAGCUCCAUUAAGACACGGUGUGGAGAAAGUGGGAGAACUGGAGUGUCCUGCACUGAGCCGUGACUCUCACUCCCAGUGGGAUGAACUGGAGCUUCCUCAAUAUCCCAACAUCAGAGUCUGAUCUCACUGCUCUUCUGGAUGGAUGGAGAGAUGGAUGAAUGGGUGGAUAAAUGGAUGGAUGGAUAGAUAGAUAGAUGGAUGGGUGGGUGGAUAGAUGGAUGGAUGGAUAAACGGAUGGAUGUUUGAAUAGAUGAAUGAAUGAAUGAUUACCAAAUCCACACAGUCAUGCUCCACCAUCUAGUGGAAGACCUUCUGAGAAGAGAGGCGUGUGAAAGUGGGAAUAAAUCUGUCAGGGGAUGUUCAGAUACGAUGAAAGCGAUCGGUCGGGGGUGCACAAACUUUUGCUCACACACUAUACAUCAAGACUGAUUUCUGAAUGUUUUCUAAAAGUGUGUUUUUUGAGUGAUCCUUUAUUUCCUGAAUGUAUCUAAACCAUGUUUGCUGCUUUGUUGUUUUGUUUUUAUUUUCCCCAGUUAAUGAUCUUCUCAGUCCCCAGUCUGCACUUUGUCUCUGGAAGCCCUGGUUUUAUUGUUUGUUGUUGUAUGUAUUUAUUUAUUUAUUUAUUUAUGUAUUUAUUUGUCAUGAAUAACCACCACGGUCAGACGUGAUGUGGCGUGUUCCUACUCCGACCGGGCUUCGGACCUCAGAACGGCGGAUCAGUCCAGACACGCCUUGCACUCUUCACACAAGCGUAUCAGGGAUCUUCUUCUCCAUGCUCUCGUCUCUCUCAUCAUCAUCAUCAUCAUCAUCAUCAUCGGUCAAAUCUAGCCUUAAUCAUCACUGUAUAUCCACCAGAACUGUACUGUAACACAUUUUUCUUUCUUUUGCCCUCUGCAGAGGAGAGUGGUGCAGUGGACACACACACACACACACACACACACACACACUGAGCCAUGCUAAGCGUUCCUGGCUAGGUGUUUUACUCUGAAGACUUUUUUUUUUUUUAGCCGGAGCGACGAUCUCCUGGAGCUCUCAGAACUGCUGAAACGAUCCUCAGAGGCGUUGGCAUUAGUGAAUAAAGGUUUUAGACUUUC